AUUUCAUUUCUAGCAGCUGGAGAGAAGUAGUUCAACUAAAAGGCCGGCAACCCCCUCCUGCCAAUAUGUAGAGCGGCACCAGGUUUUUCGUUCCUGUCGUUUUACGUCCUUCUCUCACUGCCCUUAUUCAACCUGCCACCGCUCGGCAACCACACUCCUUCUACACGCUCAUUCCACCAUUCCUGCCACAUUUUACGCUCAUUGACUUCUUCCGUAUUUCGGAAACCAGGACGACACCAGCCGUAUCUUAAUCGUCUUCUUUGCCAUUGCAAUGUUGAACACAGUCAUCCCCUACAACCACUGCAGCCAUCGAAGCUUCAGUACACUUGUUCAAACUCCUUCACAACCAGUCCGAAUCGCUCCCCGGGUACAAGCCCAAGUACAAGACAACGCCUAUCUAGAAGAAAAAGGAACCUUUCAGUUCUCAUUCGCAGAACACCGGAUCGACUACAUCGGACGCCCUAGCCAACACGCCUUAAACCGCAAUGACUGACAGACUCAUAUGUGUCGGGGCAACACAACAACAACAGCCUGUUGGGACAUUGCUUCUUGACCUCAGCCCUCCGGAAUAUAAGACCAACAUUUCCAUUGCGCUUGGUGGCCAAAUGCAUGGGUUUACCCUUGACUUGCCGAAGAUGGCUCUUGUUUGCAGUCACUGGCCUAGCCAAAUUUUCAUUUCUAGCGAAUGGCUUGAACCGCUAGGAUUGGAAACCGAACAUUUCCCGGACAACCAGCCCAAAUUAUUUGAUACGCCGCAAGGCCCCUUCGAGGCCUGUCGCAGAGUUACCACGACUAUUUCACUCCCACAACUUCAAUAUGGACCCGUUCAUGUCGAAGCCAUCGUUCUUGAAUACCUCGGAAGUGGCGUCGCGUAAUCUUUGGGGGGUCGUGGGCUGAACAACUCUUCAAUGAGGGCAACUGGAGAUCCGGUGGCGCAGCAGCUAUGGGUUUCCUCUGGGCAAUUAGCCUCUGAAGCUAUCUUGUUCUGGGGCGGCGCCUGCUAUGCACGCCCACUUGGAUGUCUGCUCUGCUGAGGACCGGACAACUUCUGUGCACAUAUACAUUCUUCUGUCAUCACGCUGCUUUAGUUUCUUUCUCUCGCCGUUACACGCACACGUACAUGCACAAAAAAAAGAAGAAAAAAAGAAGAAAAAAAGGA